GCAUCUCGUCCUCAACACAACUCGGUUCCCAACGCGUCAGCGGUCGACCUCAAGGCAAUCCGUAUUAGCCUGGAACAAGUUGAUCCCCUUCCCCUCAGCUUAUUGACUUUGAUCUCGAUUUACCUUGACCGAAGUUUGCGAGACGCAUCUCGAUUACUCCAAACCGGCUCUAUAAGUCCUAUCUAUCUCUCUGCCUUACACUUCUGCAGGCGCCUGUCCGGUUAAACCUCGUCAUGUUCUGAAGGGAUCGCUAGGCCGUCAGUCCCUUCAACCAGCAGUCACUCCAGUCAUGUAUUGGCUCGGAAUGGUAGUAAAGGCGUCAAGUGCGCUUGGGGCUGCCAUUGCCUUGCCUCUACGGCUCGUCUGGUCGUUAGGCUCUUCACUGGUCGCCUUUAUCCUCAUCCUCCUCGCACCAGCUAUCUACAUGUUCUCGUAUAGCUUCGGUUGGAUUACGACCCUUAUUAACUUCUGCAUAAGUCCAGUCCAACCGCUCUACAUUUUCAUCACAUGUGGCGCGAUCGUUGGCGGACUAGCCGGGGUAGUCGUGUCCUUCACCUCAGAGGUCGUCACAUCGGCCUUGGGACUUCACGAUCGCGCAAAGGAAGAGGACUACGAUGAGUCGAUAGCGCCGACCCCGAUAACCAUGCUCACCCCGCGUCCUACCUCGAGUAGAACUGAAGACUCUUCUCCCCCCGAAACUGACUGGCACUUUCUCGAAACAAUGGCCCCGAAACGCAGGGAACGGACGGCAGGGCUCGUAUCCCUGUCCCAGACGAUCCACGAGGAGGAAAGUAAUGGUUCUGAGCUUUGACACGCAUUCAAUCCUAAAUAAGGCGCGUCCCAAACCUCGUGUUUAGUAUCUAACUACGGAGUUAUUUGGUGCUAUGCGGCAAAUUGAUGAUCAUGCGAUACCGCGUCUUCCCGGGAAUAUUCCCUAUCCAAAACCCUCCAACGCCGUUCCCAACCCGUGCGCCGCGGCU